AAACUAGAGUUUAUAGAAAUUAAAGCAUGAGAGAAGUUAACGUUACCGGCGCAUAACUAAUGACAUUGCAAAAUUAAAGCCAAGUGUAUUUAUUCAUUAACCGUUCAUUUAUUAAUUUAGUUUUUUUUUUUUUUUGAAGGAAUGUAUUAAUUUAGUUGAGGUUCCAAUUUCCCAUGAAUGGUGUCAUGUAGCAUUGCUCAUUAAAUAAAAACACGUUAAAAAAAUUUGCUAUCUAGAAACGCAAAGAAAGUGUGAUUCGUUACUUGUAAUGGAAAGAAUGAAUAUAAAUAAUUUGACUAGUACAAAAUUUUGAACAAAACAAUACUCCAUUAAUUUUCUCGAAAAAUAAAAUAGGGAUAUUGAUUAGAAUUUAAAACUAAAAUCAGCAUUUUGGACCAUACUAUAUAAUUUCAAAAUUUUGACACUGUCCAUAGAACGGUUAUUUUGGGAUGCAUAAGGAAGGAAGUCCACGAAACCUUGUCAUGCAGAUCUGAAGCGAAAAAAAAAUAAAAUUAAUUGAAAAAUAAUAUUUGUUAUAAUUUACCUCCUAUGCUUCAUUUCAUUUUGAUGCCCUUUUACAUACAAGUGCAAAUUGAUUCUAUCUGUCUCCCCCCACUCUUCAAAUCUGCAGUGACAGGUGACAGAAGAAGAAAAAGGUGGGGUGCAAUUAGAAAAGAGGUUGGUGAGAAUGGAUGAGUUUCCAGAGAGAGCAGAAUUGAGGAGAAUGCAGAGAGAACAAGAGAGGGAGAGAAGGCGCAUACGCGACCGACAGAGGAGACAAGCAAUGACAGAAGAACAAAGGGAAAGACACCUUGCGCGCCGCCGCAGAAACUACCAGCUUCGGAGACAAAGAGCUGCAAAUUCUCAUAAUGUUCAUGCUCCAUUCAUUCCUCUUCUUCCAAACAAUCUUGCUUUUGAAUCAAGUGCAGGUGAAGCUAGUACUAGUGAUGAGUUUCAAGGAGUUACUUCUUCAACUUCACUAGACUAUAGAGUCCUAUCUCAUGCUAUUGGAACAGAUCUUUCUCAUGAAGGAUCAUCAAUUAACAUGGAAACUCUAGCUUGUAAGCUAAAUAAUUUACCAAGGCUGCGUCUAAAUCAAAUUAGACAUCUUGCAAGAAACCUUAUUGGUUCAGUGGUUGAUACUGCUAGUAAUCAUCAUCAGAUUGCAGCUGAGUUGAAAACAAAGGAAGAUGCAUCAGUUGGUGAUUUUGGUAGUGCAGCAAAAUCGUUGCGUUUGAAUUCUGUGAAGCGCCUUGCUCGAUCCAUAAAUUCUCCUCCUUCUCCCAUAGAGAUUGCAAUUCAGAAGGACAACAAUUUGUCUUCUGAAGGGAUUCAUUUACUUGAUAAUGAAAAUUUUACGGUCACUAGUUAAGGUGAAAGUGAGAGGUUCACCAUGAGAUAAUUGAAAAACAGUUGCAUACUAAUUAAAGACUAGAUUUACACAUUAUACAUUAUACAUAGAGAAAUUAAGGACACAUUUGUUUUUUGGAAAACAUUUUUUGAUUAGUUAAAUUUUUAAAUUACAGGACUA